AUGUCAGAAAACAGCAAUUGUAGCAGUAAAUUUCAAAAAAAUCUGUUACCUUCCAUCUAUAGUGUGGAGUUGGGGAUGGCACUGGUGAUGAACAUAGUAACACUGUGGGUGCUUGUCACUAAGAAGAGGACGAACUGGAACACGGGAGUGGUGUUCUUCUGUAACCUGCUCAUCAGUAAUAUCCUUUACGCCCUCACUCUUCCCUUUCUCAUUGAUUACUAUUCAAAAGGACGUAAAUGGGACUAUGGUGAAGCUUUCUGCAAAAUAGAGCGCUUCUUAUUUACCUGUAACCUCUACAUCAGCAUUUACUUCAUCAUGUGCAUCAGCGUCAUUCGAUACCUUGCCAUCGUGCAUCCCUUCUUCACACAUGAGCACAUUCACUUAAAGCAUGCCAAGAUCAUCAGCGUGUUCAUCUGGAUCUAUGUGGCAAGCAUUUCAUCUCCAAUCUUCUACUAUUCAAGUGUUAAAUCGAAUAGAUGUUCAUUAGUUUCACACAAAGAUAAAAAACUUAUAGUUAGGGUGUUUAUGGCUGUUAUUGGCUGCUUGGUUCCAUUUGUGGUUACCUUUGCAUCAUAUUUUGGAAUACUAAUGACAGUUUUUAAAAAUGCAAAUAUCACCCCACUAGAAAAGAAAAAGGUGUGUCUGAUUGUGGGUUUAGUCAGCAUCCUGUAUGCUGUGUCUUUUUUACCCUAUCACAUUCUGCAAAUAUGGCACUAUUCACUGAAGGAAGUAGGAAUUCUUAAUUAUUAUUUGUGUAAUGGAAAUCAAAUGGGAAAAGUCCUAGCCUGCCUUAACAUGUGCUUUCAUCCAAUCCUGUACAUAGUUGUUUGAUUACAUUAUAUGUUGUAGGAUUUAAUCCAAUUCAA